AUGAACGUCAAUUUCGGUCUUCUUCCCCAUGAUGUCCUGGACGCUUUGUCAUAUACGCCCUCAAAUCUGGUAGACAUCCGCCAUGACAGUCCUUUUCUCCGACUUCCCCACCCUAGAACAGGAAGUUUAUCGCUAUUUUUGUCAUCGAAAGUGCCUGCCGACGCGUCGAAUUUCAAAACUAGGAUAUUUGAGGUUCAAGCAGUCGCGCCUCCCGACGAACGGUCUUGGUUUAUUGGAGAUGAGGUAGUCGCUGACGGCAGGCUCCUUUUGAUGACACCGAUUGACCCCACCUUUCUUCUUAUUCCUAUCCUACAAGGCACAUCGUCGCAAACCAAUUUUCGAACGGCAGACGAUCUAUUCGAAGAAGCAGUGAGAAUAUUGAACACGUCGGUGCCCUCGGAGAAUGCGGAGAAAUCACUUUUGGACACUAAAGACGUGUUUGCGUUUGCUUCGAUGUCAUGCACCCAUACAGCACUUAGACACGUAUGCGAAGUCAAAGAAGUAACACAGGGGAUUGUCGUCUAUCGAUAUUCGCCUUCCAGGGUGAUUGAUUAUCUCCGCCGAAAGGUUGUACGUUUGGAAACUUCUGGAGCGCUUGAUGUUUCGCGCACCAUUCUACGCACCUUAGCCAAGGAUGGCCUCUUGGAGGAUGGUAAUGAAGAACUCCUGAAGCGUGAGCUCUCUGUAACUUCUGUGGUCAAAGCCCUCACCAAACUUCUUUCCACAGUUGGCCAUACUAGAGCUUCAUGCGAUUUGCUCGCUCAAUACCUUCCAGCUCACAUUCGUGAUAUGCUUCUUGCGUCUUACGAUUUUACCAAGCUCGACAUAUACCUCAAAACCUUGGGAGGAGAUAUACCUGCGCCCUCGAAGGCCAAGGACGCCGCUCCUGUGGCUGUUGAAAAAAAGAGAAAAGGCGCAAAGCCGUCGCAGGGUGUAGAAAAAUUGAAAAAGGUCAAUACUACUGGGAUGUCGAAAUUAUCAAGCUUCUUCAAUAAAGCGGAAAAAACCCGUUAG